GACGGCUCACAGACCAGUCACGCGUGCGCAGGCCUACCGUUUGUUUGCGUUGGAGUCGUGAGAAGCGGGGUCCGGCCUGGAGGAAGAAGAGGCGGCGGCAACAGGAACGCAGCGGGCGUGCCGCCGUGGGGCGGGGCCGCCGGGCGUCGGCUUCGACGGAGCGACUCGGGAGGUGGGGGAGAUCUCUGCUUCCGGCGGACAGAGGCCGAAGCGAGGCCUUCCUUGGCAACCUUCCGCCCCUGCCAUCGGGUUGAAUGGGGCUGCCAGCGCCGCCUUCUCCAAAACGGCCCCGUCGCGCCUUCGCCGUCUGUUAGGCGCUAAAACUCCAGCCUCUCCCGGAGAAGCCGCUUUGGCCGUGCCAAUCUCUUUCGGUGGAACAAGGUCGUAAAGGGGCUACGGAGAAGGACUCCGUGCCCCAGAAGCGAAGGAAAGCUGGCUGCUGGGGGAGCGGAUGCCGUCCAUUUCGAACCAGACUCCCAACUUCGUUUGGGCGCUAUGGGGAAAAAGAUGACGGAACUGGGAGUACGUUUGCGCUAAGGAAAGAGAGGCUUCCGGGCCACCGAAUCCUCACCCUAAGCCAGAUUCUUGGAUCAAAUUCUCUGACUCGUGGGACGGUGCUUUUAGGGGAAACAUGAACAGAUACCUCCCAGUAGCACGACAGCAUUUCCUGGCUGUGUUAGCCAGCACCAGUGUAGUAGUGAAAUCUUUAUGUGCCAUUGUCAUUUUGCUCUAUCUUCUCUCCUUUGCUGUAGACACAGUGUUUGGACUUGGUGUUACCCCCGGAUAUCUCUUUCCACCCAACUUUUGGAUAUGGACGCUGGCAACCCACAGCCUGGUGGAAAAGCACAUUUGGGAUGUAGGUGUAAGCCUGGUCACCAUAGUGGUGGCAGGAAGGUUGCUGGAGCCACUAUGGGGUGCCCUGGAACUUUUGAUCUUCUUUGCAGUGGUGAAUAUUUCAGUUGGGCUUCUGGGGGCCUUUGCUUAUCUUCUUACUUACAUGGCAACAUUCAGUCUAUCUUACUUAUUUUCUGUUCGCAUUUAUGGAAUGCUGGGUUUCCUCGGUGGUGUCUUAGUGGCCCUCAAGCAAACCAUAGGUGACAGUACUGUCUUAAAGAUACCUCAGGUGCGAAUGAAAGUUGUUCCAAUGCUCUUGCUUCUCAUUCUUUCAGUUUUGAGACUGACUACUCUUAUUGAAAGCAACAUUUUGGCUUCUUAUGGUUUUGGGGUCCUUUCCAGUUGGAUAUAUCUUCGUUUUUACCAGAGGCAUAGCCGAGGGCGUGGCGAUAUGUCAGACCACUUUGCAUUUGCCACAUUCUUCCCUGAGAUCAUACAACCUGUGGUUGGUUUGCUGGCUAAUCUUGUGCACACCAUCUUAGUGAAAGUGAAAGUCUGCCGGAAAACAGUGAAACGUUAUGAUGUUGGAGCCCCUUCUUCUAUUACUAUCAGCUUGCCAGGAACAGAUCCUCAGGAUGCUGAACGAAGGAGACAACUGGCUCUAAAGGCACUGAAUGAACGAUUGAAGCGUGUGGAAGAUCAGUCAGCCUGGCCUAAUAUGGAGGAUGAAGAUGAAGAAAAUACCAAGGCCGAUACUCCCUUGCUAUCUGAAAAGAGUCGGGACUCUGCCAGUGUUGGAAAAGCUUCUAGCCAAGAAUCCAGCCUCAUUACCUUUGAAGAUGCCCCCUCUCAGUUGUGACCAUGAAGCAUUUGCGUCUCCUGCCUGCCCCUGCAUAUCAGAGCUGCUAAUGAUCCUUCAUCUGCCCUCUCUUGUAUCCUAGUGUUUCCUGUUUUGCAGGAACAAAACACUAUGCCUCCUAACUACUUCCUCCAGCAUUUGUGAGCCACCUGUGGUUUUGCCAGGUCUUAGGACUGUUAAUUAUCAGACUGACCUGGGAAUUUGUUUCAUUUCUUCAAAAAGAUUUUGAAAUUAAGAACUUCUCAGAACUGGCAGGGGAGGAAGGACGUUACAGCUCAAUAAGGAUUGUCUCCUUAAAAAGACCUAUAAAAUUUGCCCCAGCCUAUAGCUACCAUUGUGGCUAUUAACACAGUGCUUGUGUUCAGUUCCUUUAAUGGCAAUCCUGGUUAAUCUGAAUGGAGUUUUGUAUUCUCCAGUCUAUUGAAUCUGCUCUUCUUUGAGCUCUAAAUGCUAAAUUAUCACAUAAACCCAACCAAAAUAGCACAGAACAACCCCUUCGAAUGUAUAGCUUUCUCCUCGAUUUCAGUUUUACUUGGUGGCAGUGAUUGUUGUCAAUGAUUAUUUGGCUUUUUUCAGAAUUAGUUAUUGAUUAAUUAAGCAAUUUAAUAUUGAUUAAAUAAGCAAAAAAGAUCUUUGUUACUCAUUUUUAUUUCUGUUAUCUAUGGGUUUCAUAGUUUUAAACCCUGCCAAAUAAAACUGUUUCCCUCUUGUAGAGGCAGCAGUUAAAGUCUUUUAAUAAUGCCAUUGCUGAUUUUUUUUAAAGUGAAAGGAUGCAGGCUGCAGCUUGCUUCUAGAUUGCCAGUUAAUACUUGGAUAGAAAACAUUGAGACUUUCCAUAGGAUUCCGAAAGGAAAUUAAUUUGAUUAGUUUUUUCUUCACUUCCAUUUACAAUUAUUCAAAGUGUAAAGAGCUUUUUUUUCUUUAGUGGGGAACCAGUGCAUUCAGACACUACUGGGGUAAAUUUUUGCCGCAAUAGGUUACAUGAUACUACUACUUUUUUGUUUGCAGGAGACUGACAAUUUCUCUGAUGCCUAAUUUUUCUGUUUGGUGAGAUUAUUAACCUCUUUUCCUUUGGGCUGAGAUAUGUGGGGCAACAAGUUCUGAGAUUUCUUGCCUAGAUAGCCAACUAAAGGUGGAGAAGAACUGGGUUAGGUAGCACUUAAAACAAUGGAAAGAGAAUAUAUGAAAAUGUUAAGAUAAUUUUUUAAAGGACCAUGAUUUUUUUGUCAACUCAACCAAGAAGUAAAACACAGAUUUCAGUUUCAAUAAAAAGUUCUUUCAAAGAGUGCCUCUUGAUUGGCUUUUUAAACCUCCCAUCAUUUGACCUUGUUAACUCCUAUUUGGAAAUGAGCUCACAAAAUCAUUUUCACUGCAGUCAAUAUUGUUAACAUGAGAUGUUAAAAUACAAUAACAAAUGUUUGUGAAGUCUUUACAUGCAAACUCCUGAAUGUUAGAGCCUUGCUUCUUUUUCAGAAUUAUGCCCAGUGCGAUUAAGAUGAUGUAUAUCCCUUUUCACUUUCUCAUCCCAUUUCACUACAGAAACCCUGCAUAAUAAUCACUGUCCAUUUUGAACCUGAAAGCUUGAGUAAAAAACAACCAUGAUACCUUAAAGUUCAGUGUUUCCUAAUUGUUUGCUUAUCUGAUCUUUAAAAUUUCCAGGGUUGAAUACAUAUCUACUUCUUAGGUCUUAAACUUAAUGCUUCUUUACCCAAUAUGAAUUUCUUAUGUGCACCACUAAGAAAACCCCACUGAUGAGUUGCAAUCAUUGUGUACUUGUUCUAAAAAUAAAAAGAAGAAAGAAUUAUAUUGUC